AUGGUUUGUUUUUCUACUUAGUUAGAUAUAAACAUUCGUAAGGAGUACAUGUGCACAGCGGAUUAACAUUAAUUAUAAUUUUUAUUGUUGUUUGUUUAAUUAAUAACAAUAAUAGGUGUAGUGCGUAGUGCGCGAGGCCAAUCCAGAUAUCGUAAUUGCUACGACGAGCAUUCGUAACCGCGAGAGAAUAAUCUAGCUAGGACGCGGGGCCGCCGAGCAGUUGUAAUACACAGUCUAGAAGGAAGACUCACAAACGAGUCGCGCGAGACCGCUGAUCCGGCUUAAACGUCACACGUCCAGAUCUUGCGGCACAACACCAGCAACCUAGUUCCGCGGAAGCUGUGUCGAAUCAGCUGAUUGAUCUUAGUGAAUAGUGAUCUUUCGUGGGUUAUUUUUCCGAAGAAGAGGACGCCGCCGUUCGGACUCCGAUUUGCAAACUUGGAUACACUACUUCUUGUGAGUGCUCUAAACUGGAGUGAUACGCCAGUCAGUCAGCCAAACCCUAAUCCCGAUGACAAGAUAAGAGUAACAACUGUCCCAGUGUGUUAUUGAUUAACCAAUUCCAGUGCGGGUGGAUAUUGAUGACAAUUUUCUUCCGAUCGAUCUCGAUAGUGCUUUUGAGCAAGUGCUGCAAACGCUCAUCAUAAUUGUAACCAACAGCAACGAUUACAACAACGGCCAGUGAUCUCUUUAAGUUCUAGCGAAACAGUGAGUGGUGGUCACGAUCAGUGUUUUGUUUAAGUGGUCCAUUGCGAAGAUUCGAUAGCGAAUCACCAAAGUGAGAGUUAGCUAGCGGUUUGUGCGAGCAAAAGUUACGGAGCAAAUCUGUGGUCAUCCGAGAGUUCAUCAUUAGCAGCGACCAUUUUUCCCUUCGGAGAGCUGCUUCCAUCGAGCGGGAGCCCUGGUAACCCUACAGCUCACCUUGGCACCAACAGCGGCAGCGGUAGCGGUCACCAGCAUCACCAUCACUCGCUACAGGCGGUAACGACCCCACCACCCGUAGUCAGCAGCGCCACCACCGAUCACCACCCCUUUCACCAACACCAGCAAAAAAUUAGCACCGUGGCGCUGCACUCGACGGAAGCCCUGAUGGCGGGCUUUCUCAAGUCUACGGACCUGGGACCGCACGGGCCUCACGGGUACGGUGGGUCGCAUCAUCCGCACCACGGCCAUCCGCAUGGACCGCUGCCGCCCGGAAUGCCCAUGACAUCGCUGGCCCCUUUCGGUUUGCCUCACGGGCUCGAUGCCGUAGGGUUCCCGCAAGGUAUGUGGGGUGUGAAUCCACGAAAGCAACGACGAGAGCGGACAACCUUCACCCGUGCCCAGCUGGACGUUCUGGAAUCUCUGUUCGGCAAAACGCGGUACCCGGACAUUUUUAUGCGAGAGGAGGUGGCAAUGAAGAUCAAUUUGCCCGAAUCACGAGUACAGGUUUGGUUCAAAAACCGACGCGCCAAAUGCCGUCAACAGCUUCAGCACCAGACCUCCUCGAACCUGAACAGUAGCAAAUCGUCCAGCGGCACGUCCAGCUCAUCGACGCGGCCUUCCGGAACAUCUUCGUCGUCAUCGUCGAACAACAACAGUGGCAGUGCAACAUCCGCCAGUAGCAAUAAAUCGUCGUCGAUAUCGAACGCCAACAACAAACCGACGAUCAAGCAUACGCCCCUGAACAACCACAACAGUGGAAACCCUGGUCCGAACAGUGGUCCCGGAGCCGGCUCCAGCAGUAGCAAUACUGGAAAUAGUGCAAACAAUACCAGCAGUCACAACAGUGCCGCCCUAGGGCUGACGCACAGCAAUGCCUCACCGAUCCUUCCAAUCACGCCGUCAACCUCGGUGAGUCCACCCAUCAACGUGAUCUGCAAAAAGGAGCAACCGUCCUUCCACCACAGUGUCGGUAACGACGCGAUGAAAGCCUCUUCGGGCUAUGAUCUGCUCAAGGAUCCAGAACUAAGCCUUUCCCAUCACGCGCCGGCCUACGUCAACUCCCGGUUAGGACAAUCGCUUGGUGCUGGUGGAGCCGGAGUGUCAAACGGACCCUCGGCCGGAAAUCUAACACCUCUGGGCUCCAACUCGUCCAUCAUGACCACACCGUCACCGCCAAUCACUCCGCAAACCUCACACAACCCGCUGUCGUACGUGCCAAACCACGAAACGUACAACUUCUGGCACAACCAGUACCCGCAAUACUCAAACAACUACAACAAUUACUACAAUCAGAUGGACUAUUUCCAAAACCAGAACCAGAAUAACUACAGCAUGGGCCAUUCAGGCUACACGACAUCCGCCAACUUCGGCCUUGCCUCAACGUCUGCCCUGACCGGUCCCAUGGGUGGUCAAACGUUUAGUCCCAACGGCCUCGACUACAUGAACCCACAGGACAAGUAUGUCAAUGGCAUGGUGUAAACCUUGGGGUGUCCCCAAAUCAUAUCACACACACAUUCACACGACAUCGAUAACAACGAUCCGAAUAGGUGAAAAGGAACGUCCCUUGUGUUUGUACAAAUGUCAGGUUAUAAAACUCUAGGUUUUCUUUUGUGAUCUACGUCCUCUCUAAUCAUAUCGGAAACCAACACAACCAAGCGUUUUGUUCACUGUUUUGUUUUUAUUUUUCUCUUUGAAGAAAAACUUUAAUUUAUUCGUAGGCUGCCAUAGGGAAAAAACAUGAGAAACGUUUGUCGUUUCAAAUCUUUUUAAACAAUUAAUUAAGUGUAUAGAAGAAAAAAUUACAAAAAAAAUCAAUCAAAAUUGAGCAAGAAUCGAUAUCACACUGUUCAUAUCAGUAUUUUUUGAUAGGAUCAAAAAGAAACAUUCAAGUAUUAAAGAGUCAGAUCGCCUGGAAACUUCAUUCCAUGCAGUGAAAAAAGGAACAAAAUUAAUAUAUAACGGCCGUUGAUGAACCACACGUCUUUGUAGAUCCCUAUUCUCUAAUUAAGUGAUCCGGCGUGUGGUUCAUAAGCAGCUCCAUACACUCUCGUGAAUGUGUACAAGCUAGUUAGGAAUGUUGAAUGCAGCGACAGAAUUUGUGCAAUUUUUCAUUCGAGUAAUCUGCAAAGUCAGCAACGGGAAUGAUUCACCACUGAUGAUAGUUCCGAAAUUGAUUUCCCCUUGCCCCCAGAACGUAAGAGAAACCUUAACAAUACUCAUUAUGCAAAACAUGUUCGAUCUUUUGUUUUAAAAACGCCUGAUUACCAACCCAAAACCCAAACGUUAAUGGUGAAAUGUAUUAAGUUUACCGUAACCACACUCUCCAGGGAGAACUACGUUUUUCCCACCCUCAACAAUCGAUUCACACCUGUUUUUUUCCUGCCCACCCCUCAAUCCCCAUCAAGAAGUGAAAUGAGCAAGCGUAAUACCGCGAUAAGAUAAGGUAUACAAAUAAGAUUAAAACAACAACAAACACAUUAAUCGAACACUCGUCUGAAGAAAGAACAUUAAAGCAUAAUAUACAUAGUUGUAUUCGGAUCGCUGAUGAUUUAGAGAUAAUUGUAAAAAAAAAACCUAAAUGCAAGUGCAGCUCUGAUCCGAUCGAGGCAAUAAGCACUGAAACAAAAAAAAAACAAGCGCUGAAAACACAGCCAAGGAGAUUAGCAAAGUGAACAAAAAAAAAACACAAUCGUUGCAUGGAGAAAAGUUUGAAACAAAAGAUUUAAAAUUAACAAAAAGAAGAAUAAAACGAGAUGACAAACUAGAUUCAAUCACUGUGGUUAAGCAACUCGUGAAAAUAUUACGAAACAAGAUGAACAAAAAAAAACUAUUGAUCUAUUGAAAUGGAUGAACAGAGCAAACAAAUCUCCAAACUGUACAUAGUAAAUCGAAAUAUUAUAUAAUUAUAUUAUCUCAAAAAAUAAAUGAAAAUCAUAUGAAAAUAUUAA